AUGGCGUCUCCAUGCAAAGUGGCGGCGAGGCGGCGGGCCCACUACAUCCGGGCCGCGAAACUUAGCGAAGCCACACUGGCGCUGAAGCAACAAACGGUUGGCCAUCCUUACGCCACGGGACUUUUCGAAGCCACCUUGGCGCUGAAGCAACACACGGUCUACGGACUGCAGCGGAUCGGCAUCAUCACGCCUGCCCAGCCCAUGUCCACCGCCGAGAUCAGCUUCAUCCAGGGGCUCGAGCUCGCCGAUCCCGAGUUCAACGUCCCCCGAGGAAUAGAAGUGAUACUCGGCGCAAACGUCUACGCGCGAGUGCUCCUGUCCAACGCGAUCAAUAGAAAACGCUUUCUGGCCCAGCGAACCGUGUUCGGGUGGGUCCUCACCGGCGCAACAAUCAACCAUCAAACCUCACCGGCGCUGACCACAGCCUGCACCCUGAAUCGAGCCACCGAGGAGUCGCCAUGCCACGAACAACUCAUCGAGCUUUUACAGCGCUUCUGGUCGAUGGAAGACGUACCCAAGACCGAUCGAAACGGACGAUACAUCGUCCCACUUCCGCUCAAGGCGGGCGGAGCCUCACUUCUAGGCGAGAGCUUGACUCAAGCCCGCAUCGCAUUGUCCACGAUGCAUCGCUGCAUGAAGCGCGACCCAAAGCUAGAAGUGGAGUACGUCAAGUUAGUGGAGGACUACAUUCGAUUGGGUCACAUGCGACGGCUCACCCCCUCCGAGAUCGAGAACCUGACGGUGGCUGUAUGCUAUAUCUGUCAUCACGACAUCUACCAGAAAGGCGACAUCGAGGACAAACUUCGCGUCGUAUUUAACGCGUCAUGGCCAACCAGCAGUGGGUACAGCCUCAACGAUGUUAUGCACGCAGGGCCCAAGCUACAGAACGACCUCGCCGUCGUUGUGACUCGCUAG